AUGCCGGGUUGGCCGACAGCAUGGACAUCCUGGGCCUCACCUUGCUUGCGCACGAAGCCGUCGAAGCUGACGGCAGAGAUGGCAGCGGAUUUUUUAGGUUGCUGUCCCGAGGGCGUUGCCAUCCAGAGCAUGGCGGUUGCGCACACUUCUCAGGUGCUCUACGCUGUCUGCAGCGAGGCGAUCAACGUGGUUCUGCCCCGAAUCAACUUGGAGCUCGGGGGGGAUCUGUCAGAUUUCGCUCGGAUGCAGAUGGGCACCAACCUGCUGCAAGCCGGUGGGGGCGCCGCCUUCGGUCUUUUCGCGGACAGGUACGGCCCAAAGGCGGCUUUGUUGGCUGCGCACUCGGCUGCGAUCUGCAGCAGCACAAUCUUCGCAGCGGCCCAUUCCAAAGCCUUCCUUUACCUGGGCUGCCUUCCGUUGGUGGCCAAGCACGGCUAUCAGGCAGCGCAGCAGGUCGCGACGCUGCAUUCCUCCAGAAGCGGCCGCACCAAGGCGCUUGGCCGCAUCGGCACCGCGUACGGCACGGGCUUCCUUGCCGGGUCGGUCGUCAUCACUCGGCUGGCCGGGAGCUUUAGCCCGCGAGGCAUUGCUGCCUGUUGCGUGGCCAUGGACGUCUGCACGUGGCUGGUGGUCUGGGCGAUGUACCCGGAGUCCCCUCAGAACGAGAGGGAAGACGUGGCAGAAGGCUCACCGUCGCCGAAGAGUUUGGGUCUGAGUGACCUCGCGCGCCAUCGCUACGUGCCGACACUGCUGGUCUUCAAGGCUGUCUCGACGGGAAGUGCCGGCAUGAUCUUGGGCCUGCUGCAGCAAUUUGCUUUGGAUCCCUUUGGGUUGUCCCUGUCCUCGGCGGGGCUGAUGACAAGCUAUAUCGGUACUGCCUAUCUCGUGGCGCAAGCGGUAGUUGCUCCUGCCCUAGGCAGCCAGAGCCCCAGGAUACUGGUCCUGGGCUCCUUUUCUUUUAUCGGUCUGAGCCUGGGCAGCCUUGCCUUUGCCAGCGGCCCACUCAGCUAUGCAGCAAUGCUGGGUCCUUUGGUGAUUUCCUCACAUGCCUCGAACGUGGCAGUCAACAGCGCCCUAACCCUCCUUGUCUCGCAAGAGGAGCAGGGUCAGGUCCUGGGAGUUAGCAUGGCCUGUACUUCUGUCGGCUACCUCUGGGCCCCGCUGCUCGCAGCAGGCAUCUACCAACACUUGGGCUUUCCCGCAGUCCCCCUCGUGGCCGCAGCCAUUCUUGGUGCUACGACGGCUGUCUCCUUGCUGGUUUUGGAAUAUGAGGCCGUGCCUGACAGCACCUGA